AUGAAUGCUCCAGCACCUUUUGAGUCAUUUUUGAUGCUUGAUGGCGAAAAAAAAAUUUCAUUUGAAAAAGAUACAAAAGUUCCAAAUGCAGCUAUUUUUGAGAUUGUAAAAGAAGACCAUACUUUAGGAAAUUUAUUAAAACAUCAAUUAUUAAAGGAUCCAAAUGUAUUAUUUGCCGGUUACAGAAAUCCACAUCCUCUUGAACAUAAAUUUCAUUUACGUAUUCAAACAACACCAGAUACAACUCCAACACAAGUAUUGUUAGAUGCAAUAUCGGAUUUGAUAGCAGAAUUAUCUAUGACUGAACAGUACUUCAAAGAAUCUGUCAAAGAUCGUAGGGAAACAAGUGACAUUCAACAUAAACAUUAA